AAAAUGUAACGUUAACUUUAUUCCUUUUUCAACUUUGGAGCUGUCUAAUUUUUGUCACACUUGUUGGUCACAUUACACAAAAUUUGCCUCAGACAACAAUCAUAGAUUGUAACGCAGGGUAGUUUGUUAAUUUCACAUGUACUAGCUUCUAGUCAAAUAAUCUAUGUGAAACCAAACAAAAACCUAGAAAUUAUAUCAAUUGUCCUCUCUGACUCCCACUUCUAAAUACCAAUCAUAGUGUUCAAAAAUAGUGCUGUCACAUGUUACCUUAAAAACCCUCUUAAAACCUUAUUCUGUGUCUGUCCACACUCAAAAGCUACUACUUACUUCAUUAGCUUCUUAUGGCACUCAGAAUCAGAUUUUUUGAAGCAAUUUUCCUUGUUGUUCUUAUUGCUUUUCCCGUGAUAGAUGCAUAUACUUCCCUUCAAGAGGUUCUUCGCGGUCAUGGUUUACCGGUGGGACUAUUUCCGGAGAGUGUAAAAUCAUACCAUUUGGAUCAAAGUGGUGUUUUGGAGGUGAAGUUGGAUAGUCCUUGUAUUGUAAAGUAUGAAACAAGAGUGUUCUUUGAAACUGUUGUUCGUGCUAAUCUCAGUUUUGGUCAGCUUAAAGGGUUGGAGGGUCUUUCUCAAGAAGAGCUUUUUCUUUGGUUACCUGUCAAAGAUAUCAUUGUGGAUGAUCCUUCAUCAGGUCUCAUUCUUAUUGAUAUUGGUCUUGCUUAUAAACAGCUCUCUCUUUCUCUCUUUGAAGAUCCCCCGAUUUGUAGAUCCCAAGGUCUCUCAAUGAAUAUGGCUGGAAGGAAGAGUGUUGGAUUUCAAGAUCAGAGAUAGUAGAUUGGUUGUUUAUCUAUCUGGAAAGAUGUUUUUUUUUUAUUUUUAUUUUUUUAUAAUUUUUUUCAAUUCCCAGUUUUGUUUUUUUGUUUGUUUUUCAUUAGAAAUAAUUAUACUUUUGUAAUGUGCAUAGAUCUCAUGACUCAUGAGAGAAAUAGGAAAAAAAAAUUAGAAACUGAUGGCGGUGUUUGUUGUAAUUUCUGCAAUUUUGUGUGCCGCUUUUAUCACUAAUUUUCAAGGAAAGUUGUUUCAUUUCAUGUCA